CGAUUACACAGACUGUUUAUUCUCUCUUUAUUAUAUCCUCAUUAAAUAGUUAAUUGACUUUAAUAUUUAAUGAGGAUUAGACUCCGUCCAAACCUCUCUUCCCCAUUAAGAAACCACAUUUCGUUUGGUCGACAAUCCAGAGAAAGCAUGGAAGAUGUAAGCAAUGAAGUUAUGAACCGAAACUUGAACGAUCUCCCUGAUGAGAUCCUCCUCCACAUCCUCACCUUCCUCCCCACACUCGACGCCGUCCAGGCCUCCCUCAUCUCUCACAAAUGGCAGCCCCUCUGGUCUCACGUUCCCGCCCUCAACUUCAACUACAAACUCUUCCCGCCGCGCGAGCCGCCAUUGGAUACCCGCCAGUUAUACGUCGAGUUCGUUGACCGUGUUCUGGUUUCCCGCACUGAUUCCCGGGUCUCCACUUUCCGCCUCUCUUUCAUCCACCACAAUCACUACAGCUCCUAUGUCGACUCUUGGGUGCGAUCCGCUGUGACCUGCCUCCGCACCCGCGAGCUCUAUCUCGACUUCUUCAUCCACAAAAAAUUUCACAACGAAGAUACCCGAACUAACUGGUAUGCUUUCCCUUUCUCUGUUCUGAGAGAUGGGUGUGUUGAGAAAUUACGACUUACGCGAUGUGAAGUUAUAUUGCCACCUGAACUGUCCACCAUGCGGUUUUGGUCAAUUGGGUCAUUAUUUCUCGAUCAGGUUUACUUUUCGGACAAGAUGAUGGGGGAUUUGAUACUGGGGUGCCCCAGUUUGGAGGAUUUGGAGCUUCAAAACUGUUGGGGGCAUCGUCAUUUGAAGAUAUGUAGCAAAAGGCUCAAGAAGCUUGUACUUGGGCAUUUUUAUGAUGAUUCUUAUAUCCGAGCAAGGAUUUUGGUCGAUUGCCCAAACCUUUGUUCGAUUAGUUUUGAUUGCUGCAGCUUUUAUAUGUUUGAGCUGAAGAAUGCGUCAUUUCUGGUUGAGUUUCGUGUUAUUGUGCACCUGAUCGAUCUAUCCGAUUGUUAUUGGAUUAGGGUUGUUAGGCUACUCGAACAAGUGCCUAAUCUGAAGCAUCUUUAUGUGCAAAACUGGUGGUGUAAGUUUGCGACAUCAGAUUUCUUGCCUGAAAGCUUUAGACUCCACAAUCUGAAGCUCUUAGAGCUACGAACAGGGUUCACGCAGUAUGAUCUCAUUGGCAUGCUUGUACUGAUUGAACUUUCGCCCAAUCUCGAGGCAAUGAUUCUGGAACACCAACACAAGAUUGAAGCAGAUAAUGUUCCGUGCUGCACACCUGAAAUUCAAUCAUGUAAUUUCCAGGAGAUUUUAUCAGAAGAGUUGUUAGAUAAUCCAGUUGACUUAAGCAUCCCGAGUCUCAAGCAAGUUACUAUCAAACCGUAUACCGGAACCGAAGAUGAAGCUAAUUUUGUGAACAUCUUGAUCAGGCAGGGAGUUGUUCUGGAAAAGAUUGUACUCGUUCCUGGCCAGGUUGAAGAGAACCCAAGAGUUGUUCUGAAGCCGCUUCCUCCGGUUGUUCUACAAAGGAAGGAUUUCCAAAGUUGGAAAUGUACUCUCUCCUCUGUAACACCACCCGUGGGAUAAUUGACAAGUUAUUGUGAGAGGGACGUUGUGUGCAUUUGUAAUCAAUUGUUAUUCCGACAUUUUAAUAUCUUACUCUCAAUAAUUGACUCUUAUUUGUGCUGGCCUUGAACAUCUAGAUGGUCAUGACUAGUCAAUUGUAUACAACGUGUGGACCUCAACUGUAAGAACAAAUGCUGUUAAGCACUUGAACUCUUGAGAA